AAAGGGCACCUCCAUCCCAAUCAAGAAUCUACCACUUCGUCGAUGAGUCCUCAAUCUCCCGACGCCGCGGCGGCCGCGCCGCAGAAGGACAUGUACUUUGGCAAGUAUGUGUCUCCGGAAGGCUCCAAGAACUUGAAGCUGUACACGUACAAAGGGAUCGACCACUCGCUUAUCUACAAGCACGUGCUCACUCCCAUGAACAACUACCUCAUGCAGUUUGUUCCUCUGUGGCUCGCGCCCAACACGAUUACGCUGCUGGGUCUCAUUGCAGUGAUUGUGUCGCACAUCAUCGUGGCAUCAUACAGCCCCAACUUCGAAGGCGAGGCGCCAGCGUGGGUGUACUUGUUUUCCGCCGUCGCGCUGUUCUUCUACCAGACGCUGGACAACCUGGACGGCAAGCAAGCGCGGCGCACGGGCACAUCCAGCCCACUGGGUCUUCUGUUCGACCACGGAUGCGAUGCCAUCAACUGCUCGAUCGGCAGCAUGACCAUGGCGGCGGUGGCCCAAUUCGGCGCCGGGUGGAAGAGCGUGCUCAUGGUGCUGUGGAUCAACUUUGCCUUCAUCGGUGCCACGUGGGAAGAGUACUACACGGGGACGCUGGAACUGCCCAUCAUCAACGGCCCGACCGAAGGCGUGCUAAUUGCCGUCGUGUUGAAGCUGGCCACGGCCGCUUUGGGCACGCGCUUCUGGCACCACGACACGUUUGUGUCUGGGGUUCAGAACAACACGUUGUUCUUGUUCACAAUGCUCGCGACCAGCUCCAUCACGGUCCUCGGCAACGUGGUCAACGUGUCGCAGACAGUGCGCAAGCAACGCAUCUCCGUGGCCGUCGCCAUGACGCGAUUGAUUCCAUUUGCCUUGUUCAACGGCCUCGCCAUCAUCUGGGCGCUCUACUCGCCGUCGGACAUCCUUCGCCACCACCCGCGCCUGUUUCUAUGGACGGCAGGGCUCCUCAACAGCAAACUGCUGCUGCACUUGAUGCUAGCCCACCUGUGCGAAGAAGAGUUCCAUCCUUUCCGCAAGACCCUCGUGCCAGUCUUCUUCGUCGCCGGCCACUACUUGUAUGGCCAUAUCCAGGGCACGCUCGUGGUGGGCCUCGGCACCGAGACGCUGCUCCUUCAAGAGUUUUUCUACAUCGCGCUAGCUGCGUACGUCCAUAUUGUGAUCACAGUGAUCGGAGAAGUCAAGACUGUGCUCAAUAUCCCCGUCUUCACCGUGCCCAAAGCCAACCAAACAUUGGCCAAUAAAUCCCAGUAACCAGUUUCGAUCACUU